UCCUGUCUGUUGUUUUUGCCAGCGGAGACAAGGAGAUGGUGAAUGAUUACCCAGAACCCCUUAUGGUGUUGGAGGGGAUGGUCACUGCAGUGCACAACCACGUCCAGAGCGGUGACUCUGUGGUCAGUUCUGAUGACCUGUUGGCGUGGUUACGACCGUUCUGCAGCGAUGGCUCUCGUGCGGUGCGACCACGUAUCGAGGUUCUGCAGAUUCUGGAGAAUAACUUCAGUCUGAGGGACAGUGACGUUCAUCUGCUGCUACUCUACAGGACCCAAGCUGUACUGAAGGACUUACAGGUGGAGAUGGAUGACAUAGAAAAUGAGGAGAAGAGGUAUCGUCUCUUCCUCCAGCUGCUAGGCGACAGCAGGAAGUGGGAGGAGUUUCAGCAGCUGAUGCUCCUCCUCCAGGCGUGGCCACCUAUGAUGAAAGAGGAAGUUGCUCAGUGUGAGCGUAACCCCUGGGUGGUGUUGACCUCUACCUUAAUAGAAUGCUGCAGAGGUCACGGGUCAGAGGUCAGACUGGACCUGGGUCAGGAGAUCAUGAACAUGGUCCGCUCCCUCUACCCCUCCAAACACAAACUACCUGCACAGUGUAUCAGACACAUGUCCUCUCUGCUCCUGGAUCAACCAGGCCUACGGCUCCCAGCUCUUAAACUGAUGACCGAGAGUCAAGACCCACAGCUGUUAGAGCUGGUCCUGGAUCAGAUCAACAACACCACCGAGGUGUGUGACUCUACCUGCGACCCAGAGCUCCUGUCUCUCCUGCUGGAUGCUGGUCUCCUGGUGGGGUGUGUACCGUCCCCCCUCUACCCUCCUCUCAGCGCCCACCUGCUCUCCAGACACCGGGAGGGAGGUUGGGACGUGGAGAAGGCUGCGUCAGAGCUGCUCCAGGCUGGGUACCGAGCUCAGGCCGGCUCCCUGCUUCUGGUCUACCGUGGAACUCACCCGGGCCUCAGCACGUUUACUACAGCGCUCACUGUCAUUAAGAAGUGGCUCUGAGGUACUGGAGAGGACACCGGACAGACGCUCUUAUUGACUCUAGAUGGUUUAGCCGCUGUCAUUGUGUUUCAUAAUGUUAUCUCUAUUCAUUACUAGAAACAAAUUGGCUCUGAAAACCUCAUACACUGAGUGGCUGGGUGUUGUCGCACGCACACCAGCUCUCUCUCACUAGCACUGUAAUUGGCUAAUAGGAUGUUGUUGUUUCAUGUCAUUAAGUGGACGACUCAUUCUGCUGUUUUUACGAUUGGCUGUCCAGUGUUCUGAUACACGUGCUUUGACCUGAAAUAUAACACAAAUAAAGAGUUAAAAUCCAUAUUAAUCCAAUUAAAUACUAA